CACUGAGACACCUGUAGCAGCUGCGACACACCUGACACAGGCUGUCAAAAAUAAUGUCUGGGGGGCCCAGGUGACCAGGAGUUCCACACCGUGGCAGAAGAAGAGGAGGCCAAGGGGACCCCUGGUGCUCCAAACCCAAAUGCUGCUCCAUCCUCUGCUUCCAAGACCAUCCUCUACCCACGGCCGUAUGCUGACCGCUAUGAUUCACGGAAGUAUUUUGCCACAAGGCCAGGAGCAUUUGACCAAGCCAUGGAUGACUUGAAGGCCCAUGUGGUGACCAACAUGGGAGAAACAGCCCACAGCUUCUGGCUAUUGACUGAGAUAGACCACUGGAACAAUGAGAAGGAGCGUGUGAUGGUGAUCACCGACUCUGCCCUCCUGGUCUGCAAAUAUGACUUCAUCAUGUUAAAGUGUCUUCAGCUGCAGAGGAUCCCUCUGAGCUUCAUCGACCGUAUUUCAAUGGGUUCCUUCACCUUUCCAGAGCGGUCCUUGGACAGGAGGGAAGGAGAAGGCAUACGGAUCUUCUGGGACAAAGUGCGAGAGCCAACAUUUCUUUCACGUUGGAACCCCUGGUCCACUGACGUUCCUUAUGCAACAUUCAUGGAACACCCUGUGAAGAACAGCAACCAGAGAUUCAAUGCCAUCUGUCAGAUCUCCACAUUCACAGCUCAGCUUGUCCAAGCAGUUCAGAAUGCCCAGCGGAAGGAUCCUGUGCCUGGUCGAACCGAUGGAGUUGCCGUGAUGAAUGAGCCCAUCCUCAUAGAGACCUACACAGGGCUGAUGUCCUUCGUUGGGAACCGAAACAAACUGGGUUAUUCCCUUGCACGGGGUAGCUUUGGAUUCUGAAAUGUGCAAGUUGGAGGGUUUAUUUUCUCUUGUGGGAGAAUUUUUCUACCACUUGCAUCUUGCAAUGUUACUAAAUAGGGUGGGGGCUUAUGGGUAAAUUACCAAGAAGGGCCAUGUCUCUUGAACAACAGAACCUCCAUGUCUUGAGAGAAUAAAGGCUGGGGUGGGGAACCCAUGUGGACUUGCAAGCACUAGAGCUGGUCCUACCAUUAGGCAGAGCAAAGCAGCUGCCCCAAGCAACAGAUUCGGGUGUCAUGAAAAAGCAGAAAACCACAAUUUGUUUACUUUAUUGUUUUGGGGGGAUGAGGGAUACCUGUGGUAACAUCUUCAGAUGACAAAAUAACUUGUCUGGGAUUGAGCACACUGUGCUUAAUCAUGAUGUCAUUUUCACUUCUGCCUUAGGCAGGAAAAUGUCUUGGUUCACCCCUGCCAGUUUUGGGGUACAUCUACAGAAGUGGUUUUCAAACCUUGGGCUUCCAAGUGCUUUGGACUUAACUCUCAGAAACCCCAGCCAGCUUGGUCAACAGUCAGGAAUUUGGGGAG